UCGGUGGGAAGUUAACCGCAAGUUAAUUUUGCAGUUGGAUACAGAAAGAAAGAGAGAGAAAGAUGAUGGCUUUGCAUAUAAGCCAUUGAAACCCAUUGAAGUUUUCGCUAUAUAUAGUCGGAGAAGAGAAAGGGUUGAAAAAGAAAAGAAGUUUUAGGCAGAGAAAUUAGCAUUUAGGCUUGUAGGCGCUGAGAGCCGGCGGCCAUGGUGGAUUCAAGCGAUUCAGUUUCUUUGGAUAUGGAAACGAUAUAUCUUGGAGGAAAGGAACAUAUUGUGAGAACUGGUCGAGGCCCUGUGUCUGUUAUUUUAUAUGGAGACCAAGACAAGCCAGCGCUGAUAACAUACCCUGAUGUGGCUCUAAAUCAUAUGUCUUGCUUCCAAGGAUUGUUCUUUUGUCCGGAGGCAGCUUCCUUGCUUCUUCACAAUUUCUGUAUUUACCACAUCAGUCCUCCUGGGCACGAGUUAGGAGCUGCAGCAGUUUGUCCAGAUGAUGAUUUGCCCUCUGUUGAUGAUCUAGCAGAUCAAAUCCUCGAGGUUCUCAAUUAUUUCAGGCUUGGUGCAGUAAUGUGUAUGGGGGUUACAGCUGGGGCUUACAUUCUUACACUAUUUGCAAUGAAAUACAGAGAAAGGGUUCUCGGUCUGAUACUGAUUUCCCCCAUUUGCAAGGCAUCUUCAUGGACCGAAUGGCUAUAUAAUAAGGUGAUGUUAAAUUUGCUAUAUUUCUAUGGCAUGUGCGGUUUACUCACAGAACUUUUACUCCAGCGCUACUUCAGCAAGGAAGUACGUGGUGCUAUUGAUGUACCUGAAUCAGAUAUUGUCCAGGCUUGUAGAAGAUUAUUAGAAGAACGGCAGGGGAUAAAUGUAUUGCGGUUUCUUCAGGCAAUUGAUAGGAGACCUGAUAUUAGCGAUGGAUUGAAGAGAUUAAAAUGUCGUACACUCAUAUUUGUUGGGGAUAAUUCUCCUUUCCAUGGGGAAGCUCUCCACAUGAUGUCGAGAUUAGACAGAAGAUAUACAGCCUUGGUUGAGGUUCAGUCAUGUGGAUCAAUGGUGACGGAAGAGCAGCCACAUGCAAUGUUGAUACCGAUGGAAUAUUUUCUGAUGGGUUUCGGAUUCUAUAGGCAGAGUCAACCUAGUGGGAGCCCGAGGAGCCCAUUGAGCCCAUCUUGCAUCUCACCAGAGCUCCUAUCUCCUGAAAGCAUGGGGUUGAAGUUGAAGCCAAUCAAAACAAGGGUUUCUUAGACAGUGUCAGCAUGAAAAAAAUCUCACAAGGUUCUUUCUUCUGUUGUUAAUAAUUGUUAUACAAUUGGCAGUCAGUCAGUCAGUCAGAGUCAGUCAUAUUUAUUUUAAAUUCUCUCAAUUUUGUCAGUAGAGAUUGUACAUAAGAGAGAAACAAAAAGUGGGAAUGGGGAAGGGAAGAAAGGGUGGUGAUUGUUGUAAUUCUUGGUGGACAAUUUGAUGUUAAAUUCAUUCAUUUGUAGUCAGUCUGUCAGUCAUAAACAUGUUGAACACAAAUGAACGGGUCUUUUAAGCUUAUGUUGUGUAAGAAUGCGGUUUAAUUUGCUGUCA